AUGGAUAUCCAUCCAUUAUAUUUAGUUUUCUGGAACAAAAAUUCUAGGGUCUGUUCGAUGAGAUUCGAUCUCCAAGGGAUCCGCGACAACUUGGUCGAGCCAUCUAUCAAGCAAAUAGGUCAACUUGAUCAAAUCGAGGUAUCUAAACUCUUUCACUGCGACGGCUUGUUGUUAUGCGUCGUGAAGGACAACAACUCGAGGCUCUUGGUGUGGAAUCCCUAUUUAGGCCAGACCAUAUGGAUCCAACCUCGAAACACUUUCCACAGGUUAGACCGGUAUGCUCUUGGAUACGACAACAACCGUAACCACAAAGUCUUGAGGUUUCUGGAUAAUCACCUCGGUGCCGGAAAACACGUUUUUGGGUAUGAAAUCUAUGAUUUCACCUCUAGUUCAUGGAGGGUUCUCGAUGUCACUCCCGACUGGGAUAUACAGUUUUACCAACGCGGCGUAUCUUUGAAGGGAAAUACUUACUUUUUCGCUAUAGAGAAGAUUACAGAGGACGGAGAGUAUGGAGAGUUUGAAGAUUUUUUACUCUGUUUUGAUUUCUCAACAGAGAGGUUUGGACUGCGUCUUCCUCUGCCAUUUCACUCUUAUGUUUUAGAAACCGUGACUCUGUCUAGUGUUACCGAUGAGCAGCUUGCGGUGUUAUACCAGCGCUUGGAUUCAUGCGAGAUGUUGGAAAUUUGGGUUACCACAAAGAUUGAGCCCAGUGCGGUUUCCUGGACCAUAUUUUUGAAAGUGGAUAUGAGACCACUCACUGGUUUUCAGUUUGACAUUGAAGCUGGAAGCUUCUUCAUCGACCAAGAGACGAAACUUGCAGUGGUUUUUGAUAUAGACAAAUAUAAGCAGACCGUGACCCGUCGCUACCAUACAACUUACAUCAUUGGACAAGACGAAUACUUCGACUCUCUUCGCCUCGGAGAAGCUCCGAACCUCGGAAAACCUGACAUAUACUGUCUCCCACUUGUGUGCCCUUCUUAUGCUCCAAACUUAGUGCAACUAUCUCCAUGA